AUGUCGACGAAGAAAAAGACGAAGGUUGUGACGAAAAAGGGAAAAGGUAAGAUUUUGGUGCCGAAAUGGAAGCUUUUCCGCGCGAAAGAGCCGCUGCUCUCCGUCUUCAUGUGGGGCAUCAAUCACACGGUCGAUCAACUGAUGCACGUGCCGCCGCCCGGUCUUCUCAUGCCCGACGACUUCAAGGUACGGAAAAUUAACUUAAAUUUUGAAAGAAAAGUGAAACGUUUUUAGGCGUACUCAAAAGUGAAAAUCGAUAAUCACAACUUCAACAAGGACAUAAUGCCGAGUCACUACAAAGUGAAAGAGUACUGUCCGAACGUGUUCCGCAGUCUGCGCGAGCAGUUCGGCGUCGACAGCUACGAAUAUUUGCGUUCGCUCACUUCGUACGAGCCCGAGCCGGAUCUGCUCGACGGCUCCGCCAAGGACUCCACGCCGCGCUUCUUCGUCUCGUACGACAAGAAGUUCGUGAUCAAGGUAUUGUCUUAACGUGCUUUUCAACAAAAAAAAAUGGAAUCCUUUUCAGUCUAUGGACUCGGAAGCUGUCGCCGAACUGCACUCUGUGCUCCGCAACUACCAUCAAUAUUGUGUCGAGAAACAGGGAAAGACCCUGCUUCCACAAUACUUGGGACUCUACAGGUAGACAUUUUCAGUUGAAACAUCCGAAAAAUUGAAUGUUUACAAUUUGAGACUGACAAUCGACGGCUCGGAGACCUAUUUGAUCGUGAUGCGCAACGUUUUCGGCCGCAAGUACGGAGUUCACACGAAAUUCGAUUUGAAAGGCUCGACAGUGUCACGCGCCGCGUCGGACAAGGAGAAAGCGAAGGAUUUGCCGACGCUGAAGGACAACGACUUCCUCGAACAGAAUUGGAAAUUGAAUUUGCCGCCCGAGGCGCGAAAGCAGAUGCUGGAAAUGCUUUCGGCCGAUACCGAAUGGCUCACGCGCAUGCAUCUCAUGGACUACUCGCUUUUAGUCGGUAAGCAGGCUGGAAAUCGAUCUGAAAAUGUAGAAAAAUACAGCUGGGCCGGGCUUUUUCGACAAGUCCGAAUUGAAUAGGCAAUAUAUAAAAAUGAAUAUAAUUCCAGGAAUCCACGACUGCGAGCGUGCCGCGCAAGAAGCCCUCAACCGUCCGGUCGAGCAGACCUCCGAAGAAUCGGGCGACGAAUUGGCGCCCACUCCGCCGGACUCUCCGAUCCCGUCGACGGGCGGCGCGUUCCCGGGCGUCUCAGGCGGUCCGGACCUCGACGACGAAUUCUACGCGAUUGCGGCACCGGCCGACUCGGAAAAGCCGCUCAUUUACUUCAUCGGCCUCGUCGACAUUCUCACCUAUUACGGCAUCAAGAAGCGGAGUGCGACGGCGGCGAAAACUGUGAAAUACGGCUCGGACGCCGAGAAUAUCAGCACUGUCAAGCCUGAACAGGUAGACAAUUGGGUUUUAUCAACAAAAAAAAGAAAUUUUUUUUUGCAGUACGCCAAACGUCUCGUGGAAUUUGUGAGCCGCGCGUUGAACUGAACUCCUUCCCACCCAGUUUUUUUUCUUCGAAAACCCGAUCUCACCCGCUUAAAUCCUAAUAUUAUAACUUAUUCUUUUCAAAACCGCGCCCCGCAAUCAACUAUUAUUGCUUCGUGUUACUAUACUGUAUUUCCCCAGUUCCAGCAAUUUUUGCCCUAAAUUUUACCCUUUUAUAUUAAUUUCACAUUUUCCGUCGUCGCCGCAAAAGAAUAUGUAUUUGUGUGAAUAAAUGUAUUGUUGGGAGCUCUCUCUCUCUCAAGUAAACACUCCGCCACGGGAACGCACCUUUAUCUGUCACCCAUUUCCAUAUUUACACUAACCUCUUCCGACCCAUUCACUACUAAAUAUUUUACCCUCAAAAAAUGGGCAUCACUCGCGAGAGAUGUCUCGAAAUGCUCAGAGAGCUUCAUCAGAUGAAAUUGCAAUUGGUAAGCACUGUGAGCGCCGCGUUAAAACGGAGUGUCGUUGAAAACAAAAGCAGGUUUGAAAUUUCUGGAUUUUUUGCGAAAACCCGAAAUUUCAUCUGAAAAUGAAGAAAAUUAGGUAAAACAGGAAUUGUCAGAAUAGUUUAUGACAGCUGUGAUCUGAAAUUAGCGUUUUGCCCACAAGAAAGAGCGCAUUUUUUCAUUUUUCUGUGAAUUUCAGUUCUGAACCUCAAAAACUAAAAUUCGUUUUUCAUGCCAAAUUAAAAAAAACGAAAUUACUCUUCGAAUUUUCACUUUUACACGAGCACUUUGUGAUCAUUUUGUAGCUACCGGUCAUAUAAACAAACGUGAGGCCAAAAUUUUGAUGGAAAACUGUUCAUAAUCCCAACAACCCGCCCUUCUCAGUCAUUUUUCUUUUCUCCGUCAGUUUUCGAUCAUUUUUGCUGUCUUUUGCUAGAAAAGUAAUUGAAUUUCAGCGGCGGAAGGGAAAAUCGAAACACGUGUGCGAAAUACAAGCUCAAAAUUAGGCCCCGCCCCCGUUUUUUUUACGUUCAAUUAUUGCAGGAAAGUUGUAGCGAAAUGAUAAAAGAUUUGAACAACAACACGAUGCGAUCGUCGAUUUUAAGAAGGAACGGAAGUGUUCGCGGUCGCAGAAAUCUUGUGAAGAAUGCGGUUCGCAAAAUGAGACAGAAGGCGAUUGAGAAUACUUCUGGAGUCGUCGUGUACCUCACCUCGUGUGGCGUUUUACGGCGAUCAUUCGAAAAGUGCAAAGUUGUGGUGAGUCGUUUGUAGGCGACGAAAGCCCAAAAAAAACUGGCUUUCGCGGCAAUUGCAAACUCUUCUUAUAGAUCCAGUUGCUCGAGGCGUUCCGAGUAAAAUUCGAAAUUCGCGACUUGAAUAUCAGCACGUUUUAUAUCGAAGAAUUGGCGGACAAAUUGAAGCUAUCGACCGAAUUUCAAAAGGAACUGAUCUUCGACUCUCUUCCUCUCGUCUACGUAGAUGGAUACUUUUUGGGGGUGAAACUUUUUCUCAAAUCUUCAAAACAUGAAUUCAUGUACAGAACGAGAAGAUAGUUGUCGAAUUGAACGAUGCGAAGGCUCUCGAACGGAUGUUGGAAAAGUACAAAGUAAAUUGCUCAAUGUAUUCCUCUCGUUUUUUUUGUCUAUUGAACUUUUACAGACCUUGUCGGGCAAGUGCACGGAUUGCGGGAAUCGUGGAUACGUCGUCUGCCGAGUCUGUCACGGGAGCCGACGUCAUCCGUCCGAAUCGGGACCGCUGUUCGGGCUCCAGUUGAGAUGCUCUUUUUGUGACACUAACGGGAUAUCGAGAUGCGCUUCGUGUUGCUAA